GAAACUUGGGGCGGGUGCUCAGCCAUGGGCAACUGGCGUCUUCCCAUGUUGGGGAAGCUGGGGUCCAUUCUGUUUUUUCCAGUCAACAGCUUUAUGGAUCAAGCUAAAUUUGCAAGAAGUUAACGAGUGAAGUUCAGCUUUCUGGCAGCCCUUCAUUCCCUUCAUCCCCGGCCUACCAGUUCCUGUACGUGUGAAUAAAUUAAUGUUAUAGUAGUGCUCAUGAGAGUUUUGCACAUCCACAUCAGUCAUAUUGUAGAACAUGUUCUUAUGUUUUUGGCCUUCAAUUUUUAACCCACAGUCAUUGUGUUUAGGGACUCAAAACCUCACUAUCUCUACUAAAAUAUUUGAAAUCCUGCAUGUAUCUUGAAAGGAGAAACUAGAUCUGACAAGUUGUCAGAUGAUUUCAAGAAGUUACCCCUGCUUUGCUUUGCAUGUUAUUAAACCUUAAGAUAAACAUUUAUAGGCUUCUAUGUAUUUUGUAAGCACAUUGAGGUCUGAGUGCCAAAUAGCAUCUUCCACAGACAUAGAUGCCAUUCUAUGCCCCCACUUCUUUCAGUCUCAAGAACUGUUGCAGAUUGGAUAUGCCAGUAAUUGCUGGGUUUAUUGACGAGCGAGUGAAGGAAGGGUACAUUGGCCUGCGGUUUCUCAUGUAUUUUACUAAUCAGAUAUUGAUUGUGAUUUGUGAGGCAGGGUUUCUGAGCAAACCAAAAAAGUCAAACACAAAUGCAUUACACAUUAGCACUUGUGUAACCAACUGGCCCGAGCAUGUCAACACAGAUCCAGGAGCACUCCGUGGACUGCUCCAACGCCGCGCGCGGCGUUUGGCUGGUGAAGGUGCCCAAGUACAUCUCGGAGCGGUGGCAGGCGGCACCCGGAAAUAUCGAGGUUGGUCGGCUCAAAAUUGUUAAGGCGUCUGGCCAAAAGCCGAGCGUGUCCUUUUCGCUGAGCGAGGCUGUCAUGGCCAUGGAGCGUGAGCCAAUCCCAAAGGAACACCGCUUCGCCAUCAGCAACGUGGGUGGGCAGACGCUGGGUGUGUUCUCGCUGACGACACCCAGCGACAGCGACGCCGUGGUGCCCGAGCAGGAGACGCUGGCAAUCGAGGGCAAGGUCAUCCAGCGCGCUGAGUGCCGUCCGCUCGGUGACGCCAACUACAUGCGGUUGAAGCGCAACAAGAUACUGCGCACCUCGAACCCGGGCCGUCGGCUUAAGACCAUCACGGACGUGGUGCACAUCAAGCCGGUGUCUGACCACCGGCACAACAUCGAGUACGACAAGCGGAAGAAGGAGCAGGGGAAAAAGAUGCGCGAUGAUAAGGACAAGGUCCUCAGCAUGCUGUUUGCCGCCUUCGAGAGGCACCAGUUCUACAACAUCAAGGACCUGGUGCGCGUCACCCUGCAGCCAGUCACAUACCUGAAGGAGAUUCUCAACGAGGUCUGCAACUACAACAUGAAGAACCCGCAUCGCAACAUGUAUGAGCUGAAGCCUGAGUACCGCCACUACUCGGAUGAGAAGGGCAAUGAAGAAGACGACUAGAAUGGAAGAACCUCCUUAAAGGAGGUGGACUUGACAAAGGACAGAAAAUUGUCCUUUUUGUGUUUCUGCUAACAGGCUGCUGGCAAUCAACCUUCUUACGUUGGCUUGAAGCGUGGUUAAGUCGUUCUCUUGUGCUCAUAUUGCUUUAACGCAUCUAAUGCUCAUCACAUCUCAUUCACGCAGUGCGUGUUCUUUAGUGUCGCCAUUGGCGAAGAUGGUAAAGGUUGACCUACCCACCAUGAAGUUUAGUACAAAUUUACCCAGCGUGUCGUAGUCUUGUGUUAGAGCGUUUUUGUCGUCACCUUUGUUGUCUGUGUGGAUGGACACCCCAGUACAUGCCCCAUCUUCACCUCACGGAUCGGCGCGUGCGUCACAUUUUACUACGUUAUGAACUUGUUGCUCGUACACCUGCUGAUCUCUUCGGAUGUACAAAUACACUAACAGUGGCGUUU